UACUGUUGAUAGCGGAUGUCUGAGAUUCCAAAGAAUAAAGCACACGCUGUAGGGGUGGGGAUGUUGUGUAUUGUUGAAAUGGGAGCAUAAAGUCAGUAGCCAGUUUGUAUUUUGAGAGGUUCAUAUUUACUUUUGCAGCUUUUGGCGACGCGCAGAGGGAGAGUUUACUGUUAGCAUCUGAAGCGGUAGGAGACCGUUAGCUGCUUAGCUAAAGUGGAGACAGGAUGUGAAUGAAUCCGGACGGGACCAGCCCCAGGAACCGGAGCAGCGCUGAGCCAGUCACACAGACACACCCUUGUCUGGGAAGAGGAACAGAACCGUAUCAGCUCAGCAACAUGCAGUAACUACCCUUUAUAUCUCAUGCCAACAUGUGUUAGCCUCUAGCUGCUGGAUAUAUCCAAUUGGAAACCAGUUUGAGCCCAGUUAAAAGUGUGGACUUAAUAUGACCGACUCAUCAGCACCAUCAUGGCUCGGACAGAGGUGAUAAUCCCCACCAGGCUGUCUGCUGCAGAUCCAGCCUCCACCCACGGCUAACCGGCUCACACUAGCCCAGACUUUGUAGGCUACUUGACGUGUUUGUGGUCAGCGUGGAAUGAUGAGCUCUCCCAUGUACACCUUUGUUAGCCGCGAUGAUAACAGCACUAUUUAUGCUGAAGUGUCUAAAAUCCUGUUGUCCACCGGACACUGGAAGAGGCUGAAAAGAGACAAUCCCAGAUUCAACCUCAUGCUCGGUGAGCGGAACCGGCUGCCAUUUGGACGCCUUGGCCAUGAACCAGGACUGGUGCAGCUGGUGAAUUACUACAGAGGAGCAGACAAGCUGUGCAGGAAGGCGUCGCUGGUCAAGCUAAUAAAGACCAGCCCAGAGCUGUCAGACUCCAGCAACUGGUUCCCAGAGUCCUACAUCAUCUACCCCACCAACCUCAACACUCCCGUUGCCCCGGCUACCAACGGCAUCAGCCACCUGAAGAGCAACCCGAAGACGGAUGAGCGGGAAGUCUUCCUGGCCUCCUACCACGCUAAGAAGGAGAGCGGAGAGGGAACCGUGUGGAUCGCCAAGUCUUCUGCUGGAGCUAAAGGUGCUGGUAUCCUGAUCUCACAUGAUGCCAAUCAGCUGCUGGACUAUAUUGACAAUCAGGGACAGGUUCAUGUUAUCCAGAAGUACCUGGAGAAACCCCUGCUGCUGGAGCCGGGUCAUCGGAAGUUUGACAUCAGGAGCUGGGUUCUGGUGGACCAUCAGUAUAACAUCUACCUGUACCGGGAGGGCGUGCUGCGGACCUCGUCGGAGCCCUACAACAGUGCAGACCUGCAGGACAUGACCAGCCACCUGACCAAUCACUGCAUCCAGAAGGAGCACUCCCAGAACUACGGCCGCUAUGAGGAGGGCAACGAGAUGUUCUUCGACGAGUUCAGGCUGUACCUGCUCAACACUCACAACGUCACCCUGGAGACGACCAUAUUACCUCAGAUCAAACACGUCAUCAAGAGCUGCCUGUCGUGCAUCGAGGCGGCCAUCAGCACCAAGCACCUGUCCUACCAGAGCUUCCAGCUCUUUGGCUUUGACUUCAUGGUCGACGAAAACUUCAAAGUGUGGCUCAUCGAGAUCAACGGCGCUCCAGCCUGCGCUCAGAAACUUUAUCCAGAAUUAUGUCAAGGCAUCAUUGAUGUGGCGAUCUCCAGUGUCUUCACGCUCAACAGCGAAUCGUCAUCCGCUUCGUCGUCACCUUACUCCUCCUCCCCGUCUUCUCUCUUCACAUCCAACUCCUGCUCCUCUCCGAAGCUGAGGGGCCCUCUGCACGUGGGCCCUUUCACCCGCCUUUAGGGGCCCUCCGUCCAAACCUCACCCAGCAGGAGAAGCACAUGUGGAGACACUUGGCUUCUACACUUGGUUAAAUGAUGAAGAAGACGGUGGGAGAUGUUCACACUGCAAAAACACAAAAUCUUACCAAGGACUUUUGGUCUAGUUUCUGGUCCAAAUAUCUUAGUACACUUGAAAUAAGUCAAAAACUGAGAAGUAACUUUUCAGCAAGAUCUAGAAGCUUGUUUUGAGUCAGUAAACCCUUAAUACUAAUUAAAAAGAGUUCUACUGGCAGAUUAUUUCACUAAUAACACAGGAAAAAUGUCUUGCUGUAAGUGAAAUAAUCUGCCAGUGGAACUAUUUGUUUCCAUCAAUAUGAUGGAAGCUCCUAUAUCUUGCUGAAAAGUUACUUUCAAGUUCGUUUUGUCUGAUUUCAAGUAUUCCAUGAUAUCUGCACAAGAAAUUAGAUUAAAAUGGUCUAGUUGGUAAGAUUUUGUUUUUGCAGUGUACCGAACACUGUGAGGGUUUCUGACCCUUUUUUCCUCCAUCGUUCCCUGAGCGGAUGGAUGGAUGGAUGGAUGGAUGGAUGGAUGGAUGGAUGGAUGGAUGGAUGGAUGGAUGGACGGACGGACAGAGGUGUGAAGGAAGUUGAGAUGCUCCAGAUGAGUCUUACCGUGCCUUACAUUUCCAGCCACUCUCCCUGAAACAGACGCUAAACGUGGCUUUGUUAUCGGCUCAUACUUGUUCAAAAAGCCACCUGCUCUGUUGCUACACAUGAUCAAGGCCCACAACACAACGACCAGAUUUUGUGAUGUGUCGUUCUAGUUCUCUUUUUAUCAUGCAAAAGACCGGUUCUACUCAUAAUUAUGGUUUAAGAUCUUCUUGAAGUGUAGCAUUUAUGAACAACAUGAGAGAUAAGACACUACAUAUUUAUGUUGAGGAGCAGCUGGGAGGAAAAACGGACUAGAAACAUUAUGUUUCCUCAUUUUUAAGUUCCUUUCUGUGGCGGCUCUAUCAUGAGUUUCACCAAUGAUGGUUUUUAUAUCAAAAUAAUGUUGAAAUUUCCCUGAGAUACCAUUUCUGAGACCAACAGCCACUGGCCCUCACAGAGAAACAUGUUGCUCACCCAGAUUCUUUCAAAUUGGGAAGUUGGAAUACCUAGAUGCAAUUCUACUUGAAAACAGCCAAUCCAGGGUCACCAUUUAUUUUCCUUAGCCCUGAUUGGCUGUCCCUACAGAUAAGGAACGCUGUAGAUGUUAGCUAGUGCUAACACAGUUUCACUGUGCUAAUGAACGUAUUUCAAGAUAUAUUUGGGGGUGGAACUAUUAAAAUGAGCAGUGUUUUUAGACGGGCUCUCUGGUAUUCGCAGAUUUUAGCUACUCGAGUGCAGCUGUGACCUCAUGAAUCCUGGGAGUUUACAAUAUUACAGCGAUGCUCACUUAGGGCCGUGCAUCUGAGGUGAUAUCUGGACAUGAAAAUUACGAAUAACUGCCUUUUUGUGUUAUUUUUAUCAAAUGAGCAUUGUUGCCUUCCCUAGUAAGUUAGCACCCUGGGUGACAGCCCAUUUCAACAGUAUCAAGAUUCACAUCUGCAGCCCUAAAAGACCUUUUGUAUUCCAGCCUAAAAAAGGAGAGGAACACAUCAUGAAGGAGAGGAAUCUAGUAUUAAAGUGUUUAAAGAGAGCAUGUUUGUAGAAAAGCAUGUAGCAUUCAGCUCCAGACAGAAACUGUUUUUUUGCUUUGUGUUUUCAUGUCUCUGGUGCAGUUAGAUGACGCAUCAUCGUGAAAGCAACGUGCUGGUUUUGUUUUCAAGCAUUUGGAUGUGAAAUAGAGUAGGUAGUGGAGAAUGUCAGUUAUUAUUUAAAACAUUUAAUGACCCUCUGAAAUUGGGUUAGCUGAGGUCAGCAUUUUUAUUUUAGCUAAAUGUCUGUGAUCAGUAGUCAGAUAUUUGUGGGGGGUUUUUUCAUUAAAUUUAAUUUUAGUUACAAAAUGAGUAAUUUUUGCAUGUUUUGUCUCAUUUUCUUUGGUUUAGUGUCGAUCAGAGAUGUCCUGUUUCCUUCAGGUACAAAGGGAAACUGUUUCUGUAAAGGGCAUUUAUCAUUUUAGUUUUCCACUGAGCUCGUAGUUUAAUUAAUUUUGAUGUCUGAAAUUUUGAAAAUAUUGUAAAAAAUAAAAUGAAGGACAUAAAGGAAAGAGAAAUUAGUUGAUGCUGCACAUGAGGAAGUUAGAACAAAAUGUCUGCCCCAGAUGAAUGUGGAAAAAAUGAAGGUUGUUAUGGAGAUUUAUCUCACUGUGGGAAAAGCAUCUCGGAGCAAUAGCUUAGAAAAAUAAAGUCCCAGUAAACUAAACAUUCACUUAGCUCAGACACAAAGGAAAGAAAAAUAUUCUGCAGCUCAAAGAAACAUUAAAUGUUGCUCAUUCACUUUGAAAACCAAUAAAAUAAAGGCAGGAUUUGAUUUAUUUAUUUAUUUUUGUUCAUUUCUGGGGUAUUUGGCUCUAAAAUCAGGUGAUAUUUGGUUUUUGUACUCACUGUGUUUUUAAUAUCCAUAACUGCUGGGAAAAUCCUAGAAAUGGAAUAUGAUGGGAGCAGGAAGUGUCAGAGAGAAGGGUGCCUUUAGCGGGAAUAAAAAGGAAAACAUUAAAAAGCACCUUCAUUACUUUGAAUUGAAGUUAACUUUUAAAAAUCAUGUCAGUUUCUUUAUGUUUUUGAGCAUAUUUUUAUUCUACUGUUUUUAAAGUAUUUCUCUCAUUUUUACCAAAGAUGAAAUGUUGUCCAGUUGUUUGGCCGAAUGAAAGAAAAAGCAAACAUUCUGGUUGUUUCUUUUCCCUCCCUGAUGUAACGUUUAGUUUUAAAGCUUGCAUGAACAUCUGUCUUCAUGAUGAACAGUGUUAGAAUAAAAUCAAACAUUUGUCUCUAA